AUGGCACCCGACAGAGGGGAUAGCUCGAGCUCCUCCAACCCAGACUACCAAUCCAUUUCCCCAACACCACCCCACUCCUCCAACGAUGAAGCUCCUCGAUCCUCCCAAGCACGAAGACGAAGCGAUGCGCGCCGAUAUCUUGCAAGCCAUGCUAGUGAAGGUCAGAACUUUACGCUCAGAGGGAUACUGGUUGGGCUGGGAGUUGGGUUGAUCAUCUGUUUCUCGAAUAUGUACUUUGGGCUACAGACUGGAUGGGUAUCGAGCAUGAGCAUGCCGUCGUCUUUGAUUGGAUUCGCUUUCUUCAAGACUCUGGUCAGACAUUUGGACCUUCCUUUUACACCAGUGGAAAAUGUGUUGGUACAAACGGUCGCUGGAAGCAUGGGUACUAUGCCAUUGGGUUGCGGCUUUGUGGGUGUUAUGCCUGCCCUGAAUUACAUGCUGAAAAAGGAGGAAGGAGGCCCGAUAUUCUUGAGUCUGUGGAGGCUUAUUCUAUGGUCUCUGGGACUUUGUUUUUUUGGUGUGGUAUUUGCUGUUCCUCUGAGAAAGCAGGUGAUCAUACGGGAAAAGCUAAAAUUCCCUUCUGGUACGGCUACCGCGUUGAUGAUCGGAGUAUUGCAUGGGAGAGAAAGUAUUUCUGAGGGUUUUUCGGAAUCUUCUACCUCUGAAAAUGAGGAUCGGGAAGGCUUGCUUCAUGGAGACGAACGUAGCGAGGCAAAUGUAGAGGAGGUGGACAAGAGUCAACAAAGUACAUGGAAAUCAAAAGUUCGGCUUCUGAUGAUAUCUUUUGCUAUAUCUGGCAUUUACACACUCGCCACAUAUUUCUUUCCGAUCCUUCGUAAUUUACCCAUUUUUGGUACAAAAUUGGCCUCGACCUGGUUAUGGACGCUUAAUCCAUCCCUAGCCUACGUUGGGCAAGGCAUUAUCAUGGGACCAUCAACCACGACGCACAUGUUAUUAGGUGCUAUUCUCGGGUGGGGAUUAUUAUCACCUCUGGCAAAAGGCAAAGGCUGGGCUCCUGGAGAGGUUGAUGAUUGGGAGACAGGUAGCAAAGGAUGGAUUGUAUGGAUAUCUCUUGCCAUUAUGCUCGCUGAUGCGGUCAUCAGUCUUGGGUACAUAAGUUAUCAGACACUUGCUAAAAGUAGGUCAAAUACUGGCAAAGGAUACUUCAAAGAAUCUUAUCAAAAAGUUCGAAAUGGGGACUGGCAAGGAUUGAUUAAUCAAAUCACAGGAAAGCCUGACGGGGGUUACAGUGCAUUAGCAGGGCAAGACGCCUCCACGCCUCUUGAGGAGACUGGGCCAGGAGGUCAACCGGAAUCGACCAUGUCUGAGGAAGAGAUUAAGGAUCUUCCAGAACCUGAUGCACCUCCUGAGCAUCUCGUCAAUAACCGCACAGUAUGGAUCGGUCUUGUAUUGUCAAUACUGUUUUGCGUAGGAACGAUCCGCAUCGUGUUCGGAGAAUUGAUUCCCAUCUACGCAAACGUCAUUGCAGUAUUUAUGGCAUUGAUAUUGUCCAUCAUGGGCGUUCGUGCUCUUGGCGAGACGGAUCUCAAUCCUGUCUCUGGCAUCAGCAAGUUAGCUCAACUCUUCUUCGCAGUCAUCAUCCCACAGACAAACAAGAACUCUGUUCUUAUCAAUCUCGUCGCUGGUGCUGUCUCAGAGGCGGGAGCUUUGCAGGCUGGCGAUCUCAUGCAAGAUCUGAAAACCGGUCAUUUGCUUGGAGCUGCACCCAAUGCUCAAUUUUGGGGACAAAUUAUCGGCAGUGCAGUUGGUGCUGUUGUAAGCGCACUUAUAUAUCGUCUCUACACCAGUGUUUACAAAGUUCCUGGAGAAUUAUUCCAAGUCCCGACGGGUUAUGUUUGGAUCUUUACUGCUCGUCUUGUUACAGGGAAGGGAUUACCUCCUAUGGCAGCGCAAUGGGCGGCUGGUGCAGCCGUUGUGUUUAGUAUCACAACAAUCAUCAAAAUGAGCAACUCGAAAAAAGCUUGGUAUCCUUGGAUUCCUGGCGGCAUUGCCGUUGCUGUCGGAAUGUACAACGUACCAUCUUUUACUCUCGCUCGUGCUAUUGGGGGUUUCCUGAAUUAUUACUGGAAAGUGUACAGAAAGCGUGAUGAAACUCCUAUCGUUGUUUUAGCCAGUGGUUUGAUAUUGGGAGAAGGAGUUAUGAGCAUUCUUAACUUGUUACUUGCCAGCGCAAGUGUGCCUCAGCUGAAGCAUGGAAAAUGGACGUAG